AUGACAGGUUUGUGCGAGAAGCGAAAAAAAUGAAAUGACAAAGGCUAUAAUUUAUUUCAGAAACGAGAAAGUAUGCGGAUGAAGAAGAAACGGAGAAUGUUUUGCGCGGAAAAAAUGAGGAGAAGGAAAAAGUGACACAAAUUUCAAAUGGGUUCGGUUUUUUUGGGGGGCGGGAAAAAAUCAGGGUUUAUGGGAAGUUUCCGGCAAAAAAAAAUUGCGGCUCAAAAGCAUGGGGGAGAAAAGGAAUUUUCAAUUAUACACCAAGGAAACGCGCGCGAAUUUCGAAUGAGAUUUUUGGGAGCUUGUUAGAACGAUUGGUGGGAUUUGGCGGCGCAGAGAAAAAAUGAGAUGAAAUUUGAUUUUCCCGAAAAAACCGGGGAUCAAAAUAAAAAUAUUAGAUUAAACUUUGCUGGCUCUAACAAUCAAGACCUAAGGAAAAACAUGCUAUGACGUGGUGUACACUUUUUUCAGCACUAGAAAAAUUUCAGACUAAAAAUUUCUGAAUUUAUUUUUGAAGUUCAAACUUUGCCAUGUGGGGUUUCAGCUCCAGAAAAAAUUAAACGAAAUUUCAAACUUAAUUUCUAGACCUCACAGGAUCCACAUGGAUUUUCAGCUCUAUUUUUAGAGCUUAAAACUUUCUCACAAACCCUAAUUGUUUUUUUCAGAGCCUCCUACUUGAAACACAUUCUAAUAAUCUCAACCGCAGUUCUUCUAACUCUCCAAUUAUCCACGUGGUAUUCCACGUUGCUCUCCUCACCCACAAAAUCCACCCAAAAAAUGGUCUCCACCAAAAGUCUGGUAAAAAAUUGUGGAUUUCGAUUAUCCGGCGAAAUUCAACAAGCGAUUCUCGAUAAACACAACGAAAUUCGAUCGAAAGUCGCGAUGGGCGAAUAUUCGCUGGGAGGAAAAAAUGGCGGGUUUUUACCGGCUGCUAGUAGUAUGAGCAAGAUGAGUUGGGAUUGUGAUUUGGAGGCCGAAGCGCAAGAUCGAGCUUCGUCUUGUGAUCUUUCGAAACGAGUUGAGAUUGAGAACCAUCAGGAUGGAAAUUUGAGAGGGGAGAAUGCGUUCUAUUUUCAGACUGAAGAUUCAGAUGUCAAAAAUGCGAUUUUGGUAAGAGAAAAGGACUUUUUGAGCAGGAAAAACUACAGAUUUCCGAAAAAUAGAUUAGAAAAAAUUCAGCCACUCACAAAGUUUAAAGAUCCGCAAAAAACGGAAUUGCGAUUUGCUAGAUCUAAUCCACUGGAACUCAGUUUUUCAUCAACAUUUUUGAGUGAAAGCCUUCCAAAAUUAAUUCUAUAAAAUUAAAAACUAUUUUUUGCAGAAAGGAAUAAGUGAAAUGGGACAAGAAAUUGAGAAAUUCGGAAUUGGUAGUGUUUCAGACGCGAAAUAUGAUAAAAGAAUUGGGCAUGCUAUGCAGGUGAGAAGGUUCAAGGAUCUCAAAGAAAAAAAAUCAAUAAUCGAAAAUUCGCUGAAAAGUUCUAAAACCAAUCAAUAAAAUAAUAUAUUUCAGAUAAUUUGGGAAAGCACUCAAAAAGUUGGAUGCGCAAUUCAAGAGUGUAGCCUGAAAAGAGGAGGUCGAAAACUGUUCGAAACAGCCGCCGAUUCGCAAUUCAAAGUGGCAGUUUGUAAAUAUUAUCCGACGUGAGUUUGUUUGAUUUUUGUUUUGGACACGGGAAAAAAUGUGUGUGUGGGAGGAGGAGAAGCUGACAAUGUACAUACACAUACAGAAAUCAAUAAAAUUCUAUUGUGACCCCGAAAACAUUAGAUUUUUUUUAACCUUGGGAAAAUUUUUUUGAACAUACAUUAGAAUUAAAAUUGUACUGAAAAUUCCACAUGGCAGUUUAAAAGUUUUGCGCUGAAAAUUUUUUUCCAAUACAAAAUUCUGAUCUAGAAAAGAAGUUGACUUUUUAAGUGAAGCCUCUUAAGCUCAGCUCUUUCAAAAAUUGUCUCUUGGCUCAAAUUUUGUGCUGGAAAAAUGCAAUUUAUGGAGUUGCUCAGCUAUUUCAACACAAAUUUCUCAUCUAGACAAGAAACUAACAUUCUCAAUUUGAAGAAAAAAAACCUUUUCGAAAAAAGUUAGAAAAUUCUAAUUUCCAACACUACAAAAAUAGUUAAGAAUCCAAAAUUUCUCAACAAAAAAUAUUCCACGUGUCAAAACAAAUCAAAAACUGAACUUUUUUCUAGCGGAAACAUUUUCAACUCUCAAAAACCGACCGCAAUCUACCAGCAAGGAAUACCCGGUGAAAAUUGUGCCGAAGCGGCUUUCGAUCCAACAACUGGACUUUGUGUACACGAGGAUACAAAAAUAUCAGAAAAGUGA